AUGCCGCCACCAGACGACGCUGCAACAGACGCAGACCAGAACGGCACUGGGCGUGCUGCCACUGCCAUGCCUCUGCACCCGCCCACGCAGAUCACAAUCACUGCUGCUCACGACUCGAGCUCGUCGCGGCCAUCCUCAUAUCCCUCGUCGGAGCCGGCGCUGCCCUCGCCCGCUCCGCUCACACCACGUGCAUCUGCCUUCCGGCUGCCAGAGCCAGGCUCUUCGAAUGCCACUCAUCAUCAGGCCACGCCGACCGGCUCAUUCACCGCACCCACAUCACCUACCGCGGCAAGUGCCAUGUUCCGCACCAACACCAUCGGUGCCACCGCAGACCCUGCCAUCGCCGCCGGUCAUCUGGCCCUCGAUCGAUCCGUCAGCGCGCAGCCGGAUCUCGGAGGCGGCGACGGACUCGGCAUCUCCGCCCUACUCUCCGCCGCCGCGUCAGGCGCAGCCACCAACGGCACCGCAACCGCAACUGCCAACGCUUCCACCGCUGCCGCCUCCGCCUCGGGCGGAACCAAGGAGACGUGGAAGCGGCGCAAGCAGGUGCUGCUCGCCGACGCCAAGGACCACACCGUCGCCGAUCUGCAGCUGCAUGGCCUGCGUCCACCGCCUUAUAGCUACCACCCUCACUACCAGAACUCGUCGAUCCUCGGCCAGACGGUCGGUCAGCUCACCGCGCACACCGCCAGCACGAGCACGAGCACGAGCACGAGCGCAUCGCGCGAUACCAACCACGCCACAUACGCCUCGUCGCGCACCGCCAUCCUGCGUCCGGACGACCCGCACGUGCGCAACGACAUCAUCCGCAUGAUCGACCAGUGGCUCGCCGACGAGGGCUUCGGCGCCACACGCCAGCUGCUCAUGGAAGAGGCGGGCAUCAAGCGGCGCGAGCGCGAGGAAGCUGGCCUGGACGCACGCAAGCUGCGCGGCCACAUCCUCGAAGGCGACUGGCCCGAGGUGGACAAGCUGCUGCAGAAACCGCUCGUCAAGAAUCACAAGGCGUUUCUGUACGCCGUGUACAAGCAGCAGUUUCUGGAACACAUCGAGCACCGCGAGUUCCAAAAGGGCUUCACCUUCCUCAACAAGCGCCUCAAGCCGCUCGAACACUACCAGCCGCAUCCGUCCGAGUUUCGAGAUCUCUGCUACCUCCUCUCCGCCAAGGCCGUCACCGACGCACCGUCGUUUGCUGCCUGGGAGGGCAUCCAGCCCGCCAGGGAGAAGCUCGUCAUGGAGUUCGCAGCCAUGCUCGAGCAGGACUGGCUCGAAAAGGAGGCCGGGCUUCCCGGCUCGGGCUCCGCGGGUGGCGGCGUUUCGGCUGCUAACGCCGUCCGUGCCGGCAGCGAGACAUCCGACCUGCUCGACGAUGCCAUGCUCGCCGACGGAAGUGCCGCCCCUAGUGGGUCCAAGGCCUCGACUAGCGGCUACACUUAUGUGCCGCCACAUCGCCUGCUCACCAUGCUCCAUCAGGCCGUGGCGUACCAAGUCGAGUUUGCGCGCUACCACCCCAAGAAGGCGCCUGUCAUCUCGGGCUUGCUGCACGACUAUACUGGCUUCAUCGUGCCCAAUGCUGUGGCGCACACCAUGCGCGGCCACCGCAAGAACGUCAAGAGCGUGCGCUUCGUCGGCGAAGAAGGGCGCAAGAUCGUCAGUGGCAGUAGCGACAAUACGGUGCGGCUGUGGAAUGCCAACACGGGGCGGUGCGAGGGCGUGUUGCAGGGGCAUCGUAGUCGCGUGUGGGAUGUCGACUCUACACGCACAGGCGGCCACGUUGCGUCGGCAUCGGGCGAUUCGACGGUCAAGGUGUGGGAUGUAGAGAGUGGUCAGUGCCGUACGACGCUGCGUGCAGGCGUGGGCGAUGUGUACAGCUGUCGCUUCCAUCCCGACGAGCGCCACAUUGUUUCGGCGGGCUACGACAAGCUCGUGCGCAUGUACGACGUCGAGACCGGCUCGAUCGUCAAGACGUUUACCGGCCACCAGCUCGGCGUGUCUUCGGCGAUCUUCAAUCCGCUUGGCAACCUGAUUGUUACCGCGUCCAAGGAUACGACGAUCCGGUUCUGGGAUGUGGUGUCGGGGCUGUGCAUUCGCACCAUCACGGGGCAUCUGGGCGAGGUGACGUCGGUGGAGAUCAACGAAACCGGCUCGCUUCUGCUCAGUUCGUCCAAGGAUAACUCGAACCGGCUGUGGGAUCUGCGCAUGCUGAGGCCGUUGAAGAGGUUCAAGGGCCACCAGAAUACCAGCAAGAACUUUAUCCGGUCUAGCUUCGCGCAUACCUCGUUGCUCGUCGGUGGAUCCGAGGACGGCUUGAUCUACAUGUGGGAUCAGGAGAGUUCCGAGGUGCUGCAGACGCUCGAGGGACAUGGACGCGAUACGCUCCAUGCACCUGCACGUGCGGGGCUGGGUGGACAUACUGCCAGUGGUGCGGCUACAGCAACAUCGGUGGUGUCGGACCUCACUUCGCUCUCGACCAACAACAAUGUGGCUUACGGCGCGGUGUGGAACAAGGCGCAGAGCCUACUGGCAUCCUGCGGCGACGAUGGAACGGUCAAGACGUGGAUCUGGGACGAAGGCAGGGAUCUCGAAGCCAAUGCCGACCUUGCCAGACGUUCCAACGAUGAUUCGUGA